AUGUCGAAUAUAAAUAUUAGUUUAAAUCUUAAUAUUUCUUCAACAUCUUCUCAAGAUAUUAUACCACCAAUUCUAAAAUUUUGGUUAUAUUUAAUUUUUCAUAUUCCAUCAUUUUUUUGUACAUUAUUUGUACUUUAUCAUCUUCUUUUUGAUCGAACACUUCGCCGGUCUCUUAAUAAUCAUGUUAUUAUUGUUUUACUAUUUACCGUACUUUUUUGUGAAGUAACAAAUUAUCCAUGGAUGCUUUACUAUUAUUAUCAUACUACUUGGCAAAAACCAUAUGUUUUUUGUGUGGUUUGGGGUUUUAUUGAUUGGGCAGUUUAUAUGUUACAAUUACUACUUUUUGCUUGGGCAUCAAUUGAAAGACAUAUUCUUAUUUUUCAUGAUCAAUGGGUAUCAACAAAACGGAAACGUUUUUGGAUACAUUAUUUUCCUUUAAUUUUUAUUCUUCUUUAUUGGUUUAUAUUCUAUACAUUUGUUUAUUUUUAUCCAACAUGUCAAAAUCAAUAUGAUAGUACAAAUAUGAUCUGUAUGGAUGCUUGUUUAUUUGACAUAUUUUCAUUUCGUGCAUUUGAAACAUUUGUUAAUAAUAUAAUUCCUAGUUUAACUAUUGUUAUCUCUAGUGUUCUUUUACUUCUACGAGUUUUUAGACAAAAAUAUCGUAUGUGUCAACAAAUACAAUGGCGAAAACAUCGGAAAAUGACAAUUCAAUUAUUAUGGAUUGCAGUUCUCUAUCUUCUUAUUACUUCUCCAUGGGCAAUCAUUAUUUUCUUACGUUUAUGUGGUUUACCGCCUAAUAUUGGUGCUGGUUUUGAAAAUAUUGCCGUCUUUCUUAGUUAUUAUAUAGUACUUCUUUUUCCAUUUGUUUCUCUUCUAUCAUUACCUGAACUUUAUAAUAAAUUAAAGAAAAUUUGCCAUCGACAACCACGACAAAAGCGUAUUAAACGUGAACCAAUACCUGCAAGAAAUAAUCAAGUUACUCCAUUAUAG